UGCCGUUCUGCACACUUUGGAAGAAGAGCAGAAACUGCAAGCACCAAGAGCAUAGACUAAAGGGAAACAGCAGAAUGGCCAUGUUCUGGAAGAUAUGUGUCGUAGUCAUAUUGGCUCUAUGUUCUCAAGUCUUUGCACAAACAGGAAAAAGGUUGCCUUUGGGCGGCUGGGCAGAUGUUAACGAAAACAAUGAACAUGUGCAGAAUGCAUUGAAGUUUGCCAAAGACGAAUAUAACAAAGAGAGCAAUAAAGAUUACAUCACUGAAAUCAGCAAGAUCAUCCGACUAAGAAGGCAGGUGGUUGCUGGUAUGAAAUAUUCACUGGAAGUUGAAGCAAUGGUCAGUCCCUGCUCUGAAAGUGAAUUUACUACAGGAGAAUGCCAAGAUCAACAGACGACAAAAAAGAGGUGCUCAUUUGAAGUUCUAAUUGUUGCAUGGGAAAACCGCAGGGAGCUGAGAAAAGGUUAUUGCAGCUCAAUAAGGAAUUAAUAGCAAAAUCCGGACUACCGAACGCUGCUGUCAGUUUCUCAGAAAAGCGAAAAACAACUUAUAUUGCAUGCCGAAACUGCACAUGUAUCGUGCCUAUUAAACAUGUAAAGUCUCU